ACUGUUUAUCAAUUACCAGUUACCUAUUUCAUUUUGUUAAGAUUUCACCAGUGUACCCAAUGUAGCUGUUUUUGUUGCUGCUGUUGUUUCACAUUGAAGUUCUUGGCUUGCUUGGUUAUUUUCAGUCGGCCUUUUCAGGCUGCUGUCGUGAAGUCGUUGUUGCGGGUGCUUUGGAGUUAGCAUAGCUAGCAAGUUGACUUUAGCCAUAACGGUGAAAAAGUUGUUAAUACAUUGCGCCUGGCUACCUAGCAACCUGAGAUUUGUCACUGGAAAUUAAUGGUCACCAAGUAUCGAUAUGUUGUUUGUUUACCAGCUAAAGCUAGUCACUUUGCAUUCGGCGGGCUGGCUCUCAUACCAUACACAAUAUAGCAAGCUAGCAUAACGUUUGCUAACAGCGUUAGCUAGCUAACCUAUUAGCUAGCUAUGCUGAAUUUCAUGGAAUGAGUUGAAUAUAGCGUUCCGGAGUGAAGGGCUUAAUUACGUGUUGUUGUUUCUUGCUAACGUUAGAUAAAACUGAUAUUUUUAUGAUACUACUAAAACCAGUUUCUUUCUGAAUGAAUGCGGGGAAAUUUGUCUGCUCUUAAACUCAGGCUCCUCUACUCGUGAGUCGAUUAAUCCAGAUAUUGAUAGCAGCCUCCAUAAUUGGUGCAAAGUUUUAUUUUUAUUGUUAGUUGCGAAGGUAUUGUGAAAACUGUUCACGUUGGAUUCCGGCUGUCUGAAUUUAAGAUCUUGACUAAAUUAGUUAACUGGGAAUAUUCUCCAUCUGGCCAGCUGUCAUGAUCGUUAGCAACCACUAGGAGCCAGAGAAGUCCAAUGCGCCAUGCUAGAUCCGGUGGAAAACAGCCUGUUUGACAUUCCUGACUAUGAGAACACAGAGGAUGAGGCCUUCCCCCCACUACCACCGCCACUCUCCCCUGGCCAGGAGGAUGGAGAAGGGGAUCCCUUUGCUAAUGGUGAGGAGGGCGAAGGAGAGGUGUCUAAGCUGGCGGAGGCUCCCGUUGCCAAGAGGAGAUCAGUGAAGAGGCCGCAGCCUAAGCUGGACUCCCAGAGGCUAGUUUCUGAACGAGGACUUCCAGCUCUGCGAACCUUAUUUGACAAUGUAAGAUUCAAAGGCAAAGGGCAUGAGGCUGAGGACCUCCGAGUGUUGAUGCAGAAGAUGGAGAACUGGGCCCACAGGCUCUACCCCAAACUGCAGUUUGAGGACUUCAUGGACAAACUGGAGUCCCUAGGAAACAAAAAAGAAGUACAGACCUGUUUGAAACGAAUACGACUGGACAUGCCGUUGACACAUGAAGAUUUCAUUGGUAAAGAUGACCAGGAGGAGGCGCUAUUGAGAGAGGAUCACGUGCCAGUUGACCCGGACCCCUUUGGAGACGGGGGCUUUGCGGACGACCCGGUGGUGCACUCCACGCCGGCGCCUCCUCCUCCUUCGGCUCCGGGCCCCGUCUCCCUGACCGCAGAACAGCAGCGGCGCAUUGAGUUGAACAAGCAGCUGGCUCUGGAGAGGAGGCUCGCCCGGCUAAAAGGAGCACCCGAGUCGUCCGAGGAGCCCGCCGACCCGUCCUCACCGCUCCUGAGCCAGAGCCGCUCGGACCCGCGCCCGGGCCCGACCAACCACGCCGACGGCCAGCAGCCGGGCCUGGACUCGCCGGCGCCGCCGGACGCGCCGCUGUCGGACGAGGAAGGGCGGGGCAGCCCCGCCCCCGGGAUGACCAACGGCAGGGACGAGGACAGCAGCGACUGAGCGCGCUCUGGAGCGCGCGUCGCCCCAGACCUGGCAGCUCGCCGAGGGCGGUCCUCACCGCUGCGUUUAAUGUGCUGUCCAGGUGUGUACGUGACUGAAGUUAAACCAACUACUGACAUUUCAAAAAUCUGUUAAGCAAAUGCCACACACAGCCAGUUUGACCGGGUAGUCCUGCCUGUAUACACACGCGUGCUCCUUUCCCUCGCAGCUUUAUGCCAGGGAGGGACGUUUGUUUUGAUCCAGCGCGUGGUUAAAUGUUGGAGAAGGAGCUUAUCGAUGGUGCCUUUGAAUGUCGGCCUGUGGUGGGUCUUUCUGUAGGUUUGUCUUAUUUGCAUGUUUGGAGGGUUUGUUCUCUGGUGUUGAGCUGCUGGGUCCCUCUUGCCCUCUGAGAGGGAGGCAGACACAUUGGGUCCCAGAUCAGUCUUUGCCCAUUGCCCGUUGGAGGACCACAGGUCAGAGUGCAUCACCAACUCAGCCCCACCCACAUCCUGGGUUUUUUGUUUUUUAUGUCUCUGGAACUUCUGCCUCUCUGAACCCGUCAAGUGCACUUGCGUCGUACUGUUCUGUUUUCUUAUUUUUAAUGUUUCUUUUCACAACUCGUAUAAAAAACAAAUAAAUAAAAUGUUCCACCUUUUAUAUGAUACUUAUGGUACAAAA